GAACACCAGCAGCUGCCUCAGGCAAAGUUCAGCUCUCGAGGGUUAUGUAAGAAGAGAUCCAGUGAAAGUUGGCCAGCCACCUUGUGGGUGGAGACAGUAACUGACACUGUUCCUUAUAAAGAGCGGGAGAGAAUCGACUCUGUGGCUUCAACAAGUUCAAGGGAUCAGUCAUGGCUGCAGAAGUAAAGCAGACGUGUUACGAGGGCAGUGCAGUGCAUAGCUUCCAGUUCUACCUGGAACAUUCUGGAGAACACGAGGCCAUUGUGCAGGGCGUCCACAGCCUCCUGCCAGCCCAGUUUAAAAGAAUUGGAGCAGGUAAAACUGGUCUGGAUGUUCUGGGAGUUGGAAGCGGUGGAGGGGAGGUGGACGUCCAGAUGCUUUCUCUGCUGCAGUCGACAUUCCCCGCUGUUCCCAUCACCGCUGACAUUGUGGAGGGCAGCGCGGAGCUCACAGACAACUUUAAAGCUUUGGUAGCAAAGACCACCAGCCUUCAGAAGGUCCAGUUUGCUUGGCACAUCAUGCACAGCGGGGACUAUGAGAAGCAAGUGAAAGCGAAGGGAGAAGUGAAAAAGUUUGACUUCAUACACAUGAUCCAGAUGAUCUACUACGUGGAUAACGUCGAUGACACCAUCAAGUUCUUCCACAGCCUUCUGAAAAACAACGGCACACUCAUGAUCAUCGUUGAAGCAGCCAACGGCGGCUGGGACACCCUGUGGAGGACGUUCAAGAAGGAGCUCUGCGUCGACGUCAUCACGAAGUACCGCUCGUCAGCAGAGGUGAUCUCCAGCCUGAAGAAGCAGGGCCUGAAGUACGAGGAGCACAUCAUCCACAACACCUUCGACAUCACCGAGUGCUACGAUCCAAACAGCGCCACGGGGGCACGUUUGUUGAAUUUCAUGACAGCGACAAAUAACUUCCACCAGUCCCUCACCCAGGAGGUCAGAGCUGGAAUCCUGGACCUCCUCAGGAACAAGUGCAGCACAGUCAAAGAUGGCCGGGUGAUGUUCAACAGCGAAUUGAGAUGCAUACUGGUUCAUGCCUGAGUCUGUGUCCUGUUCUCCAGUCAGUUAAUUACGACAUUUUCACUUCUAAGAUUUACUAUGAGCAGUAGUUUUCAGUCUCUUCAACUAAAGUGCAACUCGAAUUUUGUGAUUACUUAAAUGAUCCAUAAAAGCAAUGAACAAUUGUGGCUUGAAUCAAUAUAAUAAAACUUUUUAAAACCUUAAGAA